AAUUUAUUAUUACUCGCAAAAACAAGCUGUGCUGUCAAUUAAUUGUCUAACAUAAAUGCUACAAAAUGAAAAUUGUACAAAAAAGUGUACGUAUCAUUCGAGCACAAUCGCAGUAAGCUAGUCAAAAGUGAAAACUUGAGAGCACACGUUCUGUUAAUAUUGCGUAUUUCGCUGAAAUCGACCUGAGAAACAGCAUCGGUGUAAAUUGUGUUGACCAUAUUCCAAGUGCAAACAAAAAGAGAACAUAAUGGGGCGCCGCUGCUGCGUUGCUGAUUGCCCCUCUACGUCGCGUCUCGUGGAACACCAUGGCGUCACUUACCACUCGUUUCCGAUGGACGCUGUAAUACGUGCCAUUUGGAUCAAAAACUCGCGCAUAAGUUUGGACCGCCAGAUUACGAAGAGUGUGCUUGUGUGCUCACGUCACUUUCGACGCCUCGACUUUAAUACAAUACGCAAUGGCAAGUACUUGCUGAAGCCGCGCGUCUUUCCCACCGUUUUUCCAUGGGGCAAAAUGGAGCCCGCCGAGAUUGAGGCCGAUCAUCGUGCGCUGCAACAGGCGACUAUGGAUGGCGCGGGGGCUAGCGGUGCUGCAAACAGUUCCAAUAACGAAGACGUCAUUAAGGCAACUGUUGAUCAAAUUGUUGCUCAAAUAUUGGCUGAAACGGCUGAGCGUAAUGCAGCAGCAGCCGCUGCAGCAGAUGCAGCCGCCAAAGCCGAAGCUGAGGCUGAAGGAGGCCAGAAAGAGGCAGCUAAGGAAGCAUCCGUUCCGAGCUCAAUCGCCACACCCGCUGCUGAGAGCACAGCAGAUAAUGCCGCACCCGAAGUAACAGCCCGUUCAACAGACUCGGCCAAUGAAACGGUGCAGCCUGCUUGCAGCAGCACCUCUUCACCAUUGUCUGCCACGCCACCUAAAUAUGGUUCGCCCACAAACAUGACAAUUGGAGCCCGCCUAGAGGCGCUGAGCGUCGAUGGCGCCUGGCUACCAGCACGCAUUGUUGAAGUCAACGAAUCGGAGCAGACACUCUUAAUCCGCUUCGAACGCAACAGCAAGCUUAAGGUGUCGCCGUCGACAAGCGGCAGCUACCAGGAAUGGAUCGCUUUCAAAUCGGAGCGCUUGCGGCAGCGCAUUAGUUCACGCGUACUACCCAUUUUCGAGCUAGAGGAGAAGUGCAUGGCACGGUGGUCUGGACCACGAAAAUUUCCUGGCACCAUCAAGAAACUGCUGGGAAACGACACGUACGAGGUGCUGUUCGACGAUGGCUACACAAAGAACGUGCGUGCCGUGCAUAUGAACAAAUUGCCCCGCCAGCUGUCAGCAGCUACCACAGAGCCAGACACAGAAACGUCCAUAACAGAUUCCACCGCUCCAACUGGGGUGACACUCAAAAGGCCAAGUACAGGCGCUGCAGUAACCAGCAACAAAAAGAGCAAGUUGACACCUCAACGCAAGGACUGGCCACUGCUGGAUAUGUCCAACUUGGAUUUGGCUGCUCUGGGACUGCCCGAUAUACCUCACGAUGGAGAAUGGACUUGCCACUGGGUGAAUGAUCAGCCAAUUGGCACCGAAGGUUUUCUGAUUGUGGGAGAGCACCAGAAGCCAACUGUAAUUGUGCACGACUGGCGACUGCCGCCCGGCUGGAUAAAGCACAUGUAUCAGCGCUCCAAUGUGCUAGGCAAGUGGGAUGUCAUUCUGGUGUCGCCCAGUGGCAAGCGUUUUCGCUCCAAAUCCGAUCUAAAGGUGUUUUUGGAGUCACAGGGCCUCGUCUACAAUCCGGAUGUAUAUGACUUUAGUAUACAUCGCCGACGCGCUAAGGAUAUCAAUGCAUAUGUCUAUACGCACGACUACAGUCCACAGCAGCCGGCCAAGCCGAAGCAACUUGAUGUGUCUCUGGACACCACAGCAGCAGCGCAGGAUCAAAACAAUAGCAAGUUAUCAUCAACCGCCACAUCCACAUCAACUCCCAUAUCAGCGGUGGCUACACGCCGCGGCGCUGGCGAGGAUAGUCAAUAUAUGGAAACACCGGUGGCCUCAUUGGUGCCACCUGCCGAAUUGAUGUCACCAUCGCCGCAUGCCCAAGCCAGUGAGACGGUGGCGCCCACAGCUGAAGCGGCCGAAGCCAGCUCUGCGCUGGGCGUGGAUGAGCAAGGAGCCGUGCUGGUGGAAGAUGGUUACGCGUUCAUUGGCGGAUUGAAGGUACAGAUAACUGACAAUUUGUUCGUAUGUCCGCGUGAAGGAUGCGGCAAAACCUAUCGCAAGGAGGACUUUCUGCAAAUACACAUACGACAUUACCAUAAGGAAUUCGCACAGCACGUCAGCCACUGUCCAAAGAUGCAGGAGCUGGCCGUUAAGCGUACGCAUCCCUCAUCAAUUGACCAAAACGAGCAGACGCCAAAGAACCAAAUACCCAACCAGCAAUUCUUUGCCAAGCUGCAUCAACAGGAUUUACAGCAAUCCCGCUCCUUCCGACGCCAACCAGCUGGCACCGAAACAUCUCCCACGAAUCGUGAUACAUCACCAACUGUUUCGCCCAGCAAUCGAUUGCUAUCGCCCAAAACAGACACGCCAACGACACCAAAAAAUGUGAAUCCGGUAGCAGUAGGUGUCACGCCAGAAACUGCGGCAACUCCGGCCAGUGAGCCAUCGCCAGUUGAAGUUGCGCCAACUCCAACUCCGCAGGAGCCCACUAAAGCCAGUACACCAGUUGUUCCGACUACAAUCAAUCGCUCAGCCAAACGUGCACGUCCUUCUUCUAGUAAGCGGUCCUCUGGAUCCCGUAAGAGCAGCCGGCAACGGACUCAGCGCCGCUAUGCAAAUGUGUCGCACGGGAAAAUGCCUGCGGCAAGCAAAACGCACAAUUCGCCAACCUCUGGCGUAGAUAUUGAAGAUACACGACUGCCUUUCAACACGCCCACUUCAGAGGUUCGUAACGAUGCUAAAAAGCGGCGCGUAGCUGUUUCAGGAACGCCGGCUAGUUCGCCAGCUCAUAUAGAUCCGGUGUCAACACCGUCCUCCAACGAUCAGGUGGAUAUAAAUGCAGCACUGGCACCACCGCCGCCGCCAAUGGCCAGCCAGACGCCACAGUACAUUAAGGAGAACGGCGAGCUGAUACGUAUUGUACGUAUGAGGCAGGAAGAGAUUAUUAAUUGCAUUUGCGAAUAUGGGGAAGAGGAUGGUCUGAUGAUACAGUGUGAGCUGUGCCUGUGCUGGCAACACGGCGCCUGCAAUGGUAUUGUCAAGGAGUCGGACGUACCGGAUAAAUAUGUUUGCUAUAUUUGCCGCAAUCCGCAGCGAGUGCGCGAUUCAAUGCGUUUUAAGCACGAUCAGGACUGGCUCUUCGAGGGUAAAUUGCCAGUGGCUGGCUAUCAUACGCCCAAUCCGCAGGCACCUAAGAAGUUCGAGCUCUUAAAGCGAUCUCACACACUUACUGGUAAUUUACUAGAUGCUAAACGUUCCAUGCAUUCUUUGUUGGUCAAGAUCAAUAUUGCUCGCAAUCGCUGCCACCCCAAACUAUAUCUGUGGGCCAAGAAAUGGGACGAAGAUCAGGCUGACAGCUCGACUACACCUGUCAAGCGCCCAAAAACCGAACAGACAGAUUGGCCGCAUGUGCCGCAACCGGAAGCUGCAAUUGAUCCUGAAGAGUGCCAAUACCGUUUAAUAGAGCACGUGAAGGUGCAGCAAUCACUGUUGAUGAAUCGUCUCAACGAUAUUGAAGCCGAAAUUGAUGAACUCGAAAAAGAAGACAAUUUGCCCGAUCUGAAAGAUGCAAAUAUGUCAACGACCAAAGAAUCAAUUGCUACCUUCAUUAAAGAGAUGGAAAUAUUAAAACGUCUUGCUAAACUCAACAAAGUAGCCAAUAUGAAGCAAACUCUAAAGGAUCAAGAAUCGGCGUCCGAUAUUACACACGUGUAAAAGGAGAUGAUCAUUUAGUUAUAAGUAUAACUUACCAUAAUAGUUUUCGUUGAAAAGUCAUAAGAAUAUCAAUACAUUUUUGAACAAUAAAACCUUCUAAG